AUGGUCCACUAUCACCGCUCCCAUCAACCCAGAAAGACUAACGCCGACUCCAACAAAGAUGAGGACUCACACACCAUCAUCACCCUGGAUUGCUCAACGUCUUCUUACUACAACAAGAAAACCAGGCCCAAGCUCUUGUCUUUCCUCCUCCUCAUCACCUUCCUCUCUUGCUGCUAUGUUUUCGCACCCCUUUUCCUUCCCACCUCCUUCACUUUCUCCCUCUUGUACUCUCCCGCCACUGAAAACGAUGUGAACCCAGAUGGGGUUGAUGUAAAUGAUUCUACUUGCUCUUCUGUUUCUACUGGAACUAUAUGCUGUGAUAGAAGUGGUUUUCGUUCUGAUAUCUGUGUGAUGAAAGGUGAUAUAAGAACACACUCUGCUUCCUCUUCGAUCUUCCUCUACAAUCCAAGGAGCACCGAUGAUGUUUCUGUUGAAGAGGAACUCCAACACGAAAAGAUCAAGCCGUAUACUCGAAAAUGGGAGACAAGCGUGAUGGACACUAUUGAUGAAUUAAACCUCGUCUCAAAGAGAGUGAAUGAUGUUGGUGGUUGUGAUGUCCAACAUGAUGUUCCAGCAGUGUUCUUCUCUAAUGGGGGCUACACUGGCAAUGUUUAUCAUGAAUUUAAUGACGGAAUCAUACCCUUAUACAUUACGUCACAGCAUUUCAAGAAGAAGGUUGUGUUUGUGAUUCUUGAAUAUCACAAUUGGUGGAUCAUGAAGUAUGGGGACAUUCUUUCUCGACUAUCGGAUUUUCCACCAAUUGAUUUUAAAGGAGACAAUAGAACUCAUUGCUUCCCAGAAUCCAUAGUUGGUCUCAGAAUCCAUGAUGAGCUAACUGUGGAUUCUGCAUUGAUGAGGGGUAACAAGAGCAUCGUUGAUUUUAGAAACGUUUUGGAUCAAGCAUAUUGGCCUAGGAUUAGGGGGCUAAUUCAGAAGGAGGAAAGGAAAGCACAAGAGCAAUCAAGAGAACAAGCCUCUUCUUCUUCUUCUUCUUCUUCAUCAUCAUCAUCGGAAACCUCUCAACAACAGUUUAUUAAGCAACAAGUGCUAGAAAAUCCAAUGAAGAAACCGAAGUUGGUCAUUCUCUCUAGAAGUGGGUCAAGAGCCAUAACUAAUGAGAAUUUGCUGGUGAAGAUGGCAAAGGAAAUUGGGUUUAUGGUGAAAGUUCUGAAACCAGACAGAACAACAGAAUUGGCAAAGAUUUAUAGGGCCCUUAAUGCAAGUGAUGUCAUGAUUGGUGUUCAUGGAGCAGCUAUGACUCAUUUUCUGUUCUUGAGACCUGGCUCUGUGUUUAUUCAAGUGGUUCCUCUUGGAACCACAUGGGCAGCAGAAACUUAUUAUGGGGAACCUGCAAGGAAGCUUGGCUUGAAAUACAUUGGCUAUCAAAUUCAUCCUAGAGAGAGCACUUUGUAUGAGAAAUAUGAUAAAAACGAUCCUAUUCUAAGAGACCCUACAAGCAUUAACAAAAAGGGGUGGGAAUACACAAAGAAGAUCUAUCUUGACAGCCAAAAUGUCAUAUUAGACCUCGGAAGAUUCAGAAAAAGGUUACAUCGAGCUUAUGAGUACACACUCUCCAAAUCAAAAUUGAAUCUUCAACACCGACCAAUGUGA